AUGGGUUCUGCACAGCAAUUCCGCCCCUUCGAAGGCAAGCUCGCCUUGGUGACGGGAUCCUCCAGAGGCAUCGGCGAGGCCAUCGCUCGCAACCUGGCCAGCAAAGGCAGCAACAUCCUGAUCAACUAUGCCACAGCCGAGUCCGACGCGACUGCCGCAGCGCUGGCCUCAGAACUGGCGUCGAGCUUCGGCGUGCGAGCAGUCCCCGUGCGGGCGGACAUCACCAAGCGGGAGGACUGCGACAAGAUCGUGGCCGUGGCCAAGGAGCACUUCGCGAGGGCGGGCACCCUCCAGAUCGACAUCAUCGUGCACAACGCCGGGGUGGUGAACAUCGCGCCGCUCGAGGAGGUCACGCCGGAGGAGUUCCACCGCGUGUACUCGGUCAACGUGCUGGGGCCGAUCCUGCUGACGAGCGCGUGCAAGCCGUACCUGCCGCAGGACCGGUCGGGCCGGAUCGUGAUGAUGUCUAGCAUUCACGCGCGGAUCGGAGGCGAGCACACGACGGUGUACGCGGGCACCAAGAGCGCGCUCGAGGCCAUGGCGCGCGUCUGGAGCCGCGAGCUGGCGGAGCGGGCGACGGUCAACGCCAUCAACCCGGGCCCUGUCAUGACGGACAUGUACCUCAAGGCGCCGGAGGAGAUGAAGCAGGCGCUGGCGCGGUGGAAUCCGGUGACGCCGCUGGUGGCGGUGCGCGAGUCAGACAGCGACGAGGUCAAGGAGCUGGGCCGGCGGCUGGGCGGCCGCGCGGCCUAUCCGCAGGAGAUUGCGGGCCUGGUGGCCUCCAUCUGCCUUCCGGAGUUUGGAUGGUGUACGGGCAGUGUGAUUUCGGCCAACGGGGGGAUUACAUUCAGCAUGUAG